ACCAACCUUUCCUGUACAAAUCAACCACCAUAUUUGGUAUGGAUCUCAUGGAGAUUGAGAUAAAGAAAGAUUUGACAAGAUGACAGAAGCUAACAGUUGUCACUGGAGAUAAAUACUAUCUGUAAAAGGUGACCUUUGAUUUUGUUUACACUAUAGAAUCAAUCAUUGAUAAAUAUUUUUUAUUUUCUAUCUUCUGAAAGAACCAGGCAAGUUGUAAGGCCUUUUUUUCUGUGUCAAAGGGCUUCCCGGAUCCUAUAUAUAUAAGGGCAGGUCUUUAUUCAUCAGCAUAUUCAUCUCCUUGAAGCUCUCCUCUCUCUGUCCCUCUCUCUCUCUCUCUCUCUCUCUCUCGUCUAUCCUUGCCUUUUUUUUUCGUACUCAACAGCUCCCUCACAGAAAAGGCUUUACUUAUUCAGUUAGAAAGAUAGACAUGGCUAUAGAGAUUGAGCAACCUUCUGUUGGGCUAUCAAAGGUUGCGGUUUCUAAAACUCAUGGAGAAGACUCUCCAUACUUUGCAGGCUGGAAAGCAUACGACGAAAACCCCUACGAUGAAUCAGACAACCAGUCAGGAGUCAUACAGAUGGGACUGGCUGAAAAUCAAGUUUCAUUUGAUUUACUGGAGAAGUUCUUGGAAGAGCAUUCGGAAGCAUCUAGCUGGGGGAAAGGAGCACCUGGCUUUAGAGAAAAUGCUUUGUUUCAAGACUACCAUGGACUAAAAUCUUUCCGACAGGCUAUGGCAAAUUUCAUGGAGCAAAUUAGAGGGGGAAGAGCUAAAUUCAACCCUGAUAGAAUAGUCCUAACUGCAGGUGCAACUGCAGCUAAUGAGCUAUUAACAUUCAUUUUGGCAGAUCCUGGGGACGCUUUGCUGGUUCCAACACCAUAUUAUCCGGGAUUUGACAGAGAUCUGAGGUGGAGAACCGGUGUGAAAAUUGUCUCAAUCCAUUGCGAUAGCUCAAACAAUUUCCAAGUUACACCUCAAGCCCUGGAAGCUGCAUAUCAAUGUGCAGAAUCCAUGAACUUGAAAGUGAGAGGAGUACUGAUAACAAACCCCUCAAACCCGUCAGGUGCAACACUCCAAAGAUCAGUCCUGGAAGAGAUUCUUGAUUUCGCCACACGCAAAAACAUCCACCUUGUCUCAGAUGAAAUUUACUCUGGAUCAACCUUCUCAUCGCCCGAAUUCAUAAGCAUUGCAGAAGUUCUUGACGCUCGUGACUACAAAAAUUCUGAAAGAGUUCACAUCGUUUACAGUCUUUCUAAAGAUCUUGGCCUUCCAGGUUUUAGAGUCGGAACAAUAUAUUCGUACAAUGACAAGGUUGUCACAACUGCCAGGAGGAUGUCAAGCUUCACCUUGAUUUCUUCUCAAACACAACAUCUCUUGGCUUGCAUGUUGUCCAACAAGGAGUUCACUGAAAACUACAUAAAGACGAACAGGGAGAGACUAAGCAAGAGAUAUGACAUGAUCAUUAAAGGGUUGAAAAAUGCCGGGAUCGAAUGCUUGAAAGGCAAUGCUGGGUUAUUUUGCUGGAUGAAUCUAAGUCCAUUACUGGAGGAACCUACAAGAGAAGGCGAAUUGGCUCUUUGGAAGACUAUCUUGAACGAAGUGAAAAUAAACAUAUCACCAGGAUCCUCCUGCCAUUGCUCCGAACCAGGCUGGUUCAGGGUCUGUUUUGCAAACAUGAGUGAGCAGACGCUUGGAGUUGCACUUGAAAGAAUACAUAAAUUCAUGGAACAAAGAAAGAGAAAAGAAACCUAGUAAAAAUCUUCACCAUCAUCAACCAGUUUUUAGUGGGGGGUUUUACCCAUUUCGGUUCUUUGGCCGACAUAACCCGUCUGAAGAAUUAGGUUUGUGUCUUUAAUGUGUAAAUCAAAGUAUGAUUUUGAUAUUCUUGUUUAGGUGUACAUGAUUAUCUUCUUGUUUUCUUGCUUCUGGUAAAAGCAAGUUCCCUAAAAAUUCUUCCAUUUAUUUUAAUUGGAAGAACUUCGUUUUCUCUUGUCACCUAAACUACUUUUUAAAUUAUAUAUAUAUAUAUAUAUAUAUACACACACACACUAUUGUCUUUGAUUAAUUUCUUUGUAAUGCCUUUGACUUGGUCAUUAUCCAAUUCAAGCAAGAAAUGUGCUUGUUUUUGAA